AUGACGACUUUAUCUACAUCCCGUGGCCGCGGGGCCCUCGCGGUCAGCACUGUCUUUACAUGCCUGGCGACGGCUUUAGUUCUCAUCCGUAUCUAUACACGAACUGUCAUGGUGAAGCAAAUGGGUGCCGAUGAUUAUGCCAUUCUAGUUGCACUGGCAUUCUCAUGGGCAUUCUUUGGAUUAUUCGUUGGCGAGGUCUACCAUGGAAUGGGCGAGCAUUUCAAACUCAUCCCAGCCGAUAUCUACAAAACCCAAAUGAUUUGUUUCUGGGCAUCCGUCCCUAUCUAUCAGACCAGUCUUCUCGUCACCAAGAUGUCAAUCCUUUUCCAAUACCGCCGAGUCUUCUCAACACCACGCAUGCGUCUCGCCUGUAAUCUACUCAUCGCAUUCCUUGCCGUCUACGGAACUUGGACAGUUCUCAGCGCCUGGGCAAACUGCGUGCCUUUGGCCAAAUUCUGGGAUCCCAGCGUACCGGGAUUCUGUUUCGACAAGAAGGCCCUUUGGUUCUCUAACUCGGCCAUCCACAUUUUGACCGAUCUUUUGAUCUUGAUCUACCCAAUGCCGGUCCUCAAAUCUCUUCAGCUUCCCAGAAAGCAGAAAUUUGCAUUGAUGGGUGUCUUUGCACUUGGUGGAUUCGUUAUGAUCACUAGUAUUCUGCGUCUCAAGAGUCUCCUGGUUAUUUCCAAUUCCAGUGAUCCAACCUAUGACAACGUCGGCGCCGCCGAAUGGUCCGCAAUCGAAUGCAACCACAAGAGCUAUGCUCUCCCAACUCCUCCCCACAUCUUCUCCACCCGCAGCAACGGGUCUCGCAGCAAGACAACCCGUCCCUCACGAACUGGACGCAGUGUUCUUACCGGCACACACACCCACGUCCAAGCAUCCGUCAUCGGCGGCCGUGAUACCAAACACGACGACUACGAUCUGGAUGACUUGACACCGCCCAGUUCGGCUCCGAGCUAUAACAAGGAACUUGAUACCAAGGAAGCUUUUGCUGGUAUCAAGGUUACGACGCUCGUCUCGCAGGAGUCGACUUCGCAUCCUGCUAAGAGCUCUACUACUGACGACGCCGCGAGCACGAAGGAACUUGUGCCUAAGCAAAGCUUUUGCUAG